AUGGGCCCCUCUCGCAACGGCCCCACUCUCCGUCUUCACCCUCAACGCCCGAAGGUACCUCAAGCUCGACCUCCGCACGGGAAAGGGCAGCUUCAUCUCGGCGACGAAUGCGUCCCAACGCCGACACUCCUCGACAGAGAAGGGGUAAGGCUUGCGAGCAAUGCCGUGCUCGCCGUAUACGCUGCUCUGGCCCCCCUCCUUGCGAUGCGUGUGUCUCGUCUGGUGUGGGAACAGAAUGCUUCGUUCGUCUCAAGGCUCGACCCAAGCGCUGACGUCCGAGACAUUCCUCUCGCUCAACUCGUGUUCAAGGUUCCCACCCGGCUGUCCGGCACACAAGGCACGCCCUUGCCCAGCCCCCCCGACCUGUAUCUCUACGAAGACAGUUUAGUAGACUACUUUAUGACGUCUCCCGAACUUGGCCCCACUGAGCGUGUCAAGUUUCUUGACACGGCGUCCUACAUUGGUCUUUACUCUCGGCACCGGGCCCUUCCACAGUCACUCGGGGAGGACCAAAUUGCCAUUGUCUACGCGGUACUUUGUUUGGCUCGUUUCGCGCAAAUACGAGCAAACAUCAACAAAGGCACGCCUCUAGCCGGAGGAGACCUGUCGCGUGAGGAUAUCACAUACUUUCAUCUAUCGUUUGAUGCUCUCAAGCGAUGGGCUCGGCCGUCCUUAUUUGCAUUGCGCGCCCUUUUCUGCCUCAACAGCUUCACCCUGGGAAAUGGCGGACCGGCCGACACAAAAACGAUCAUGAACCACAUGGCCUGGCAGAUUCGAGAGCUGGGUCUCAAUCAACAAUUUACCGCAUCUAUGUACGAGCCACGGGAGGACGUGGGGUCACUCUACUCGAGUUUCUUCUACGCUGAUCUGUUCUGCGCGUCUUUAACGGACCUCGCCCCCUGUAUUCCUUUGGGGGAGAGCACGGCCGACCCAACGCCGCCAGUGACGAUGCGUCUCUCUCGAGCUCUUUGUCGCUGUUCAUAUUUCACUGCCAAGUUCCUCUCGGAUCUAGCUGAUCCUUCCAUUGAUGUUGGUACCCUGGAGUACGCAACGGCAACAGAAGCAUUGUGGUCUCCUGAUCUUCGCAACCUCCAGGGGAACGACACGGAGGCUGCCCGGGAAGUUGGGUGGGCCGAGUUCCGAUACACCGGCGAACUUCAAAAGCGGGAAUCUCGGGUCCUGUUCCGCAUGCUCGUCGACAUCCUCCGCAAGCACGAGGACACCUGGCCGGUUUGCAGCGAGCUUGUCAAUGGCUACAGUGCUGCAGCCCAUGUCUUUGGUAUCGACGUCUCACCAGCUCCAUCCGCUCUCCGCAUCCAUUCCGAGCUGAACCUCGGCGAUAUGACGAGUCUUGAGAGUUUCCAGUGGACAGACCUUGGCCUCGACUUCGACUUUUCGUCUUUCCCGCUCUAG